AUGUAUAGUACCGAGCUCAGUCAGGACGCCGGAAGUGUGUAUAGUACCGAGCUCAGUCAGGACGCCGGAAGUGUUCAUGACGCCGGAAGUGUGUAUAGUACCGAACUCAGUCAAGACGCCAGAAGUGUGUAUAGUACCGAGCUCAGUCAGGACGCUGGAAGUGUGUACGGUACCGAGCUCAGUCAGGACGCCGGAAGUGUGUAUAGUACCGAGCUCAAUCAGGACGCCAGAAGUGUGUAUAGUACCGAGCUCAGUCAGGACGCCGGAAGUGUGUAUAGUACCGAGCUCAGUCAGGACGCCGGAAGUGUGUAUAGUACCGAGCUCAGUCAGGACGCCGGAAGUGUGUAUGGCACCGAGCUCAGUCAGGACGCCGGAAGUGUGUACAGAAUCAAGCUCAGUCAGGACGCCGGAAGUGUGUAUAGUACCGAGCUCAGUCAGGACGCCGGAAGUGUGUAUAGUACCGAGCUCAGUCAGGACACCGGAAGUGUGUAUGGCACCGAACUCAGUCAGGACGCCGGAAGUGAUUGA